GAGUGCGCCUGCGCAGGAGCUGGUGAGGACGCCCAGGAGCCCUCCGUCUCAGAGAUGCCGCCGCUGCUGCUGUCCCUGCUGUGGGCAGGGUCCCUGGCUCAGGGUUCGAGCUACUACUGGCUGCAAGUGCAGGAGUCCGUGACGGUGCAGGAGGGCCUGUGUGUCCGCGUGCCCUGCUCCUUCUACUAUCCCCGGAGCUACUGGGACUACCCUGUCCCAGCUCACGGCUACUGGUUCCGGGAAGGUGCCAGUAUCUACCAGGAUCCUCCAGUGGCCACAAACAACCCAGAUCGUGAGGUGCUGACGGAGUCCCAGGGCCGAUUCCACCUCCUUGGAGACCCCCGGGCCUACAACUGCUCCCUGGACAUCAGAGAUGCACAGAGGGGAGACACGGGCACAUACUUCUUUAGGGUGGAGAGAGGGCCUGUUGUGAAAUAUAGUUACAAAGAGAACACGAUCUUCCUGAAUGUAACAGCUCUGACACAGACACCCGACAUCCGCGUCCAGGGGACCCUGGAAUCCGGCCGCCCCAGGAACAUCACCUGUGCAGUGCCCUGGGCCUGUGAGAGGGGGACACCCCACACCUUCUCCUGGAUCGGGGCUGCCCUCACUUCCCUGCACCCCAAGAGUCCCCAUUCCUCAGUGCUCACCCUCGCCCUGAGGCCCCAGGACCAUGGCACCAACCUCACCUGUCGAGUGACCUUCCCCGGAGCUGGCGUGAGCACGGAGAGGACCGUCAGGCUCAACGUGUCCUACGCUCCACAGAACCUGGACAUUCGUGUCUUCCGGGGAAAUAGCACAGUCUCUGGGGAGCGGCAGGGCUCCUGGCCCCUAGUCCUCACCUUGCUCAGGGGGGCCCUGAUGGGGGCUGGUUUCCUUCUCACCUAUGGCCUCACCUGGAUCUACUAUACCAGGUGCAGAAACUCACAAGGGAAUAGUGUUGAGAGGUGUGUCUGAGUCCCCUUCUUCACGGUGGUGCUUCAGAGGUCUAUGAACAAGGAGGUCCUGGAUGACUUGGCCCUGCUUCCUUUCCAGAAAUAACAUCUCUUCACAUCUGGUCUCCAGGUUUCUUCUUGAUAGUUCUAUAUGAGUUGUUGUGAGGGCAAGGAGGAAAUAGAUAUUUUUAUUAUUAAAUUGAACUAUGCUCCAUGUAAUAUUUUUUCUUCUAUGUGCUUACCUUGGCAUGGUUUUGAUAUGCCCAUAACGUGACCUAUAAUAUAUUGUUAUAAAUCCCAUAAUAUAGUAUUUUUUGAAGUUAAUUUUAAAGAGAUUUUUUUAAUUAGAAAAAUUAACUAUUUUAUAUUUAUCCACAUAUGAACCAUUUCAAUUGCUCUUCAUCCCUUUGUUGUAAAAAUAAAAUCCCCUAAGGAAGAGUAAAAAUAAGAGGAAUUCCCUGUGGAAAGAACAUAUUUAGAAAAUGGACCUGCUGUGGCUAACAGGUACCCCAAAUAAAAUGGAACCAGGCAAUCAUGACAGACCUAGGGUUCAGUCACGUACUCUUGAGUUCUUAGAAAAACCACGAACAAAAACUAUAAGGACUUCUGAUUGUGCUGAUAAAACCCUAAGGAGAUGCUCCAAUGACAGCCAUCAUUGGAAACUUCUGGUCAGGCUGCAAGGGCCAUCCAAUCCCCUUUUACAAGUCUCUCAACUGUGGCUUCUGGGGCUUGUGCUUUUAAAAAUCCCUCACCCCUUCACCUCCAAGGAACGUACUUUUGGUUACAGCCAAAGGCUUCUUAUCCCUGGUUUGCAAACCUUGCGAACAAUAAAGCUGUCCUUUUGCAUUAAGAUAACCCUGCCUCUUUUCUCAGAUUUAUUUCUAAUUUAAGAUGACAGUAUAGUUUCUCUAUAGUAUCAUUUUCCUUUUACCUGAAGAUCUUUUCGUAUAUUUUUGUAGUGUAGGUAUGCUGGUGAUGAAUUCUCUCAGCCAGUGUUUGUCUGGAAAAGUUUUCAUGUACAUUAGCUUUGGAAA